AUGGGUGAAGUGAAGCUGCACGGGACAUGGAAUAGCCCAUAUAGUUGGAGAGUGAUUUGGGCGCUGAAACUGAAGGGCAUACCGUAUGAAUACAUAGAAGAAGAUUUGAGCAAUAAAAGUCCCAUGCUUCUACAGCAUAACCCUGUCCACAAGAAGAUCCCGGUGCUUGUUCAUGAUGGGAAACCAAUUUGUGAAUCCAUGGUAAUUCUCGAAUACAUUGAGGAGACGUGGCCACAGAACCCCAUGCUGCCCACCGACCCUUAUGAGAAAGCUGUAGCUCGGUUCUGGCUCAGGUUUGCAGAUGAUAAGAUCCCAAUGCUCUGGAGAAUAGCUCGUACCAAUGGAGAAGAAGAAAAGCAAGCCAUCAAGGAUGCCUCUGAGAUGCUAAAAAUGAUCGAAGAACAUGGAAUAAGCGAGAAGUUUUUCGGUGGUCAGAAGAUUGGCCUGGUGGAUUUAGCAUUGGGUGCAGUUGCUCACUGGUUUGUUGCCAUUGAUUCAAAGAAGGGCUUGAAGAUGCUUGAAGCCCAUAACUUCCCUCGUCUGCAUUCCUGGACCAAAGAUUUCAAGGAAGAUCCUGUGAUCAAAGAAAACCUUCCCGACCUCACGCCUCUUCUCAAGUGA